AUGGACCCAACCCCCGAAGCCUCUGCUGUCUCUGCUCCAACAACCCGUGGUCGCCGUGGUAAAAACCCUCGUAAUCAAAAUUCUGACGACAAAGAUAACGCCAAUUCGAAUAAAGGUAAGGAGAAAGAGCAUGAAAGCAGGGUUAGGGAUAGAGAGAGAGAACUUGAAAGGAGUUCUGGGCUGAACAUUGAUUCCCAUGGUGGUGACGAUGAUGAUAAUGACAGCGAGGGAGGUGCCGGGAUUUUCCACCAGAAUUUGACUUCAGCAAGCAGUGCCCUUCAGGGGCUUUUGAGAAAACUGGGUGCCGGAUUAGAUGAUCUGCUCCCUAGCUCUGCAAUGGGGUCCGCCUCAUCCUCUCAUCAGAGUGGACGACUGAAGAAGAUAUUGUCAGGUUUGAGGGCAGAUGGCGAAGAAGGGAAGCAAGUGGAAGCUUUAACGCAGUUAUGUGACAUGCUUUCCAUAGGGACUGAGGACUCUUUGAGUUCUUUCUCAGUGGACUCUUUUGCUCCGGUGCUUGUUGGGUUGCUUAAUCACGAAAGUAAUCCUGAUAUAAUGCUUCUCGCAGCAAGGGCACUGACUCAUUUGGUCGACGUGCUGCCCUCUUCUUGUGCUGCCGUGGUGCAUUAUGGUGCAGUAACAUGCUUUGUUGCUCGACUGCUUACUAUUGAGUAUAUGGACUUGGCUGAACAGUCACUGCAAGCUCUGAAAAAGAUCUCUCAGGAGCAUCCAACUGCUUGCUUAAGAGCGGGUGCGCUUAUGGCUGUGCUUUCAUAUCUUGACUUCUUCUCUACUGGAGUUCAGAGAGUGGCAUUAUCGACUGCUGCAAACAUGUGCAAAAAAUUACCUUCAGAUGCAUCUGACUUUGUGAUGGAAGCUGUUCCGUUGUUGACUAAUCUUCUUCAAUAUCAUGAUGCAAAGGUUUUAGAACACGCGUCUAUUUGCUUGACCCGGAUUGCUGAGGCAUUUGCGACACUGCCAGAGAAGCUUGAUGAACUCUGCAAUCAUGGACUCGUUACCCAAGCUGCAGCCUUAAUUUCCACCAGCAAUUCUGGAGGGGGUCAAGCUUCACUCAGCACUUCUACAUACACGGGCUUGAUUCGGCUUCUAUGCACUUGUGCGAGUGGUUCUCCUUUAGGGGCAAAGUCUCUACUACUCCUUGGGAUCAGUGGCAUUCUUAAAGAUAUCCUAUCAGGGUCUGGCCUUGUGUCCAGCAUGUCCGUUUCACCUGCCUUGAGUAGACCACCAGAGCAGAUUUUUGAGAUUGUGAAUCUGGCAAAUGAGCUUCUUCCCCCACUGCCUCAAGGAGCAAUAUCUCUUCCAGUCAGCAGCAAUCUGUUUGUUAAAGGUUCUUUUUCUAAGAAGGGUCCUGUAGGCGGUUCCACCAAACAGGAAGAUUUGAAAGGAAACACGCAAGAGAUUUCGGCUCGUGAGAAAUUGAUGAAUGAUCAGCCUGAACUGCUGCAACAGUUCGGAAUGGAUCUCCUUCCUGUUCUAAUCCAGAUUUAUGGCUCUAGCGUAAAUGGCCCUGUUCGGCACAAGUGUCUUUCAGUUAUUGGAAAACUUAUGUACUUCAGCACUGCUGAAAUGAUUCAAUCUCUGAUAAGUGUCACAAACAUAUCUAGUUUUUUAGCUGGGGUGCUAGCUUGGAAAGAUCCUCAAGUUCUUGUACCUGCUCUUCAAAUAGCAGAAAUCUUAAUGGAGAAACUUCCUGGUAUUUUCUCGAAGAUGUUUGUAAGGGAAGGUGUUGUUCAUGCUGUGGAUUCUUUGAUAAUAGCUGGAUCUACAAGUACUGCUUCUAUGCAGCCAUCAUCAGGUGAAAAGGAUAAUGAUUCUAUUCCUGGAUCAUCUCGUUCUAGGCGGUAUCGACGACGUGGUAGUAAUUCGAGUUCAGAUGUAAAUCCUGCUGAAGACACUAAAAGUUCAGCUCCAAAUACAAUUGAAAUUCCAACUGUCAAUUCUAGUCUUCGGGCAACAGUCAGUUCACGUGCAAAAGAUUUCAAAGAUAAAUACUUUCCAUCAGAUCUCGAGGCCCAUGAAACUGGGGUUACAGAUGAUCUCCUACGCCUAAAGAAUCUUUGCUCGAAGUUGAAUGCCGGUAUUGAUGAUAGAAAAACUAAAUCAAAGGGGAAGUCAAAAGCUACUGGCUCUCAGCUUUCUGAUUAUUCUUCUAGUAAGGAGGUAUACUUGGUUGAGGUGAUAGCUGAGAUACUGCAAGAGCUUAGCAGAGGCGACGGUGUAUCGACUUUUGAGUUUAUCGGUAGUGGAGCCAUUGCCUCUUUGCUCAACUACAUUACCUGUGGAUAUUUCUCCAAGGACAAAUCUUCUGAAGUCAAUUUGCCUAAGCUUCGACAACAUGCCAUCAGAAGGUGCAAAUCUUUUGUUGCUAUUGCCCUUCCUUCAGGUGUUGAUGAAAAGAAUGAAGUUCCCAUGAAUGUUUUAGUUCGAAAACUUCAAGAAGCUCUAUCCUCCUUAGAGCGAUUCCCUCUUACAUUGGGGACAAUGUAA